CCUCGCGGCGCCGUAGCCAAUGAGCGGCAGCCGCCGCAUCCGGGGCCCGUGCCCCCCCGCCGCUCGCGCUCGGCCAUGGCGGAGGCCUCGGUUGGCAGGCAGAGUCCAAGGGUGGUGCCGUACCCAGCCCACAGUCUAUGUCCUGGAGAGCCUGGCCUUCAGAGUGCAGCAGUUGUGUCAAUGGGCUCAGCGGAUCAUCGACUGAAUCUAGCAGAGAUCCUUUCACAGAACUACGGUGUACGGGAAGAAAGGGAAGAAGAAGAUGAUACUCAGGAGAAGCAGAAAUCUUUAGAAGAGCUGGAGAAGAGUUUCAGUGCCUCUCAGCUGGUGUUGUACUCGGUGAUUGUUCCAUUCCUGAUGAAGCUUUGUCCUCCUCUCGCUCAGAGCAGUGAAAUGCCAUUUGAGGAGCUGCUUGCACUUUAUGGCUAUGAGGCGUCUGAUCCCAUCUCGGAGCAGGACAGUGAGAGCAAUGAUAUUACUCCAAAUCUCCCAGAUAUGACUCUGGAUAAGGAACAAAUAGCGAAGGAUUUGCUUUCAGGGGAAGAAGAGGAGGAGACACAGUCUUCAGCUGAUGAUCUGACUCCAUCCGUCACAUCCCACGAUGCAUCGGACCUAUUCCCAAAUCAGCCUGGCUCGAACAACUUCCUUGCUGAUGAGGACAAAGAGCCGUGUUCAUCUCCAUGCGCUUCCUCCAUGGCUGAGGAUUCAGAGGAGGAUUCCAUCCCAUCCAAUGAGUGUAAGAAGGAGAUCAUGGUUGGACCUCAGUACCAAGCCACUGUUCCCAUCCCCCACUUCAACAGGCACGGUGAAAAAGCCUAUGAGAAUGAAGAUCAGCUGCUUUGGGACCCAAACAUACUCCCUGAGAGAGAGGUCGAGGAGUUCCUAUACCGUGCAGUGAAGCGGCGAUGGGACGAACUGUCUAGCAUCAGCCUGCCAGAAGGAGAGAUGGUGAAGGACAAUGAACAGGCUUUGUAUGAACUGGUUAAAUGCAACUUCAAUGCAGAAGAGGCCCUGCGGAGGUUACGGUUCAACGUGAAGGUUAUCAGAGGUGAGAACCUCCCAUAUGUGGGUUCUACCCCAAACACCAAGGCACACGUAUUUCUAGGCUCUCUACAUCUCCUCCAACUCCUCUUUCUUUCUGCUAUAGAUGAACUUUGUGCCUGGAGUGAGGAAGAAUGUAGAAAUUUUGAACAUGGCUUCAGGGUCCAUGGGAAAAACUUUCAUCUUAUCCAAGCAAACAAGGUCCGCACCCGGUCAGUGGGCGAGUGUGUGGAGUAUUACUACAUGUGGAAAAAAUCAGAGCGCUAUGACUACUUCACUCAGCAGACUCGUUUAGGAAGGAAGAAGUACGUCCUCCACCCUGGAGCCACGGAUUACACUGACAAUGACUUGGACGGGGGUGAAGUAGAAAAUGCCGGUCGUUCUCGGAGCUCCCCACCAAUUCCCUCUGCAACUAGCUGCCUGGAUUCUCACUUCAGUCAAGAUCAGAUAGCAAUAGAGAGCACAGAGCCCCUGAGCGUGGAGAGCACAGCCUGCAGCCUGGGCAGCAUGAGUGAAUCGGGGCAGGGCUAUGAGUGCAGUACUCCUUCAGAGACGAAUUGUUCCUUCGACCCCACGGAGGAGACGUCCUCAGGUGCCAUCUCGGCUUCCUGCACACAGCACACGGUCAGCCCCUCAGAAUCAGGGCUCUAUGCUUUGCCGCCGGCAGGACCAGGACUAGCAGAGAAGCAGGAGACGUUGCAGAGCUCUGGUGAGACGAUAACCAUGGACUUCACUCUCCCUGCAGACAUUAACGAGGGUUUGCCUUUAAUUGCUGGCCCUGUGGAUUUGGACAGAGACCCAGAGGCAGAGGUGGCCCCUGCGCAAGUGUCCUUAUCGGUCACAGAUUUUGGCCUCAUUGGCAUCGGAGAUGUAAAUAGUUUUCUGACUGCUCAUCAGGCUUGCCCAGCACCUGUGGCUCGGUCAGAGCCUUUGUCACAGUGAGAGUCUCCAGUCACAAACUUGUCACAGACCCAGCAAGGACUUUGACCUGACUGAGUGAAAUCCUGGGACUUCCACUGUUCCAUAGGGACAGUUUGGAGCUGUUGGUCAGAAUCCGUCUUUCCAUCCUCCUUGAUCCAAGGCUACAGUGAAACCAAACACCUUUCUGCUCCAGUGUGUCUGACACAAGCAUGCAAAGCUGGUGGCUGGCUUUAGUGAGGGGGGAGGUCCAUCACCCCCUGUGUCGUUGACCGUGUGUCACCCCAGGUAAUGCCAGGCUGUUCAGAGAGUCCCUGCCUCAGGACAGGGGAAAUGUCCCUUGGCCCCGGUGGGACAGUCUGAGCGCAGAGAUGCUUUGAGAACAGGGAUGUCACACCGGCGUUUUGGGGCUGGGACGGAGGAUCCAGUCUGGAGGGCCGAGAGCUUAGGAAAUCCGCAGGGAGCACAGUCCACCUGGGCCGCAGGGCGGUUUGCCUGCGGAGACGGGCCCGCAGUGCCAAAAGAAGACGGGGAGUCUUGGCCCUUCACCCACAGAUAGUGUGUUGCAAUAGAAGUCAUUCUCCCCGUUCCCCUCCCAACAGCUGUCCUGCACUCCUGAGCUGUGGGUCACGACGGGCACGCACAGUGCUGUUUUCAAACCUCUCGCAGCUAUGCGUGUCUUCCUGCCCACGCUGCCACCAGCUGCAGGUGGGAUGUGGCCUGGCCCAGCCCUUUGGCAGAAGCAUCAGGUCUUGGAAAGGGAUACUGCGUGGUGCAGUCGCACCGUGUGCACUUAAGUCCUUCUCACGUUCCCUUGCAGUGCUGGGCCGUGGAGAACUUGUACUGGGAGUAAAAGGAGUUUCUAGACCCACAAAGCGACGUCGGCCCCAGAGCGGUGCGGUGCUGCCGCUUCUGUUACUGGCAGUGAAUGUCUUGAUCCUUGCUGACGGCUGCAGUACAGGAGGGUAAAAUGCAGAUGAAAACAUCUGUAACUUCCUAGCUUGUUAAAGCAAUUCGUCAGCUGCGGGAGGAGGAGGUUGCUUCGCUCCCAGGGCACCAAGCUCCAGGGCACACCAGUGCUAGCACAAAGUCCCAGGCAGAAGAGCAUGGAAGUCCCAGGGCAGCCCUGCCCCUUUCUGAUCACAAAAAAAGCUCUCUGUUUUCUGAGAGGAAAGUAUGCCUUCACUGCCAUUAGCAAUGUUUCAAGGAGGUGACGAGGGCGGCCGCGCAUGGCAGCGAGGUGGCCGGCCGCUGUGCAGAGAGCCACAGUGGCACGUUUGUGGGUGUGCUGGAGUCUGGAGCUGCUUCACUUCCUGAAUGUUUUCCAGGUCUGGGGUUUGCUGCUGGCUUAAGUACACAUGUUCUCAUUCCCCUUUUUUCCAUGCAGCGAAUGCUGUCUGAUGACUUGCUAGGCAAGGCUCCGGUGCAGAUGUUCUCUUCCUCCAGCCAUUUUCUGCAUUUGGGAGGGGGUUUGGGUUGAGGCUUUUUGCUUGUUUUGGUAGAUGCCUUCGGGCUGUGAUCCCGCAGUUGGUUCUGCUGCCAGUGGAUUUGGAAGAUGACUACAACCAUUAGCCUCGAUCCUCCUUUUACCCAGCCCUGUGAAGCUGCGCUCAGCCCUGCAGCGGGAGCACGGAGAUGGCAUCACGCAGCUUCACAGGAUGAUAGGAUCAGACAGUGUCUCUCAUCUUCCAAGCCCCAGACCUGUUUUGCGUGAGUUAGCAGGGGUUUGCUUUGGUCCCUGGCCAGCUCUGAGAGGUGCCGAGCUCCAGACACACACAGAUGCCUUGACCCGGCAUUGCUUUGUCAAGCAGAUGUGGUAACUGGAGGUCUCCCCUCCGGCUGCACCCAGUUGCUGGAAACAGAAAGCAAAUACGAGUGCCCGCUCCAUAGUGGAACUGCCCAGGCUGUGAUUCCCCUUUUCUGGGGGAGAGAGGAAGCUCCUUGGCUGAAAGGAGAAGAGGAAGCAGGGUGAGAGCACGGGCAGCCCUCCCAGGGAGGGCCAGGCCUUGGCAUCUCCUCUCCAUCAGCCAAGAACAUUCUUAGUUUUCCUGAAACCAUUUUUUCUUUGGUUUGUUUCAAGCCCUAACGAAAGGAGAGGGGAGGCUGGAGGAGGCAAAAAUGUCUCUUAUUUAUGUUCUUCAGUGUUGUUUACAGAUUCGCAUGGGGUCUUUCAACAUGAGUGCGGCGCUUUUUCCACAUGACUUUAAGGGAGAGGGGUGGAAGGGGCUGGGGCAGGGAGGGGGAGUCGCUUGGGGAGGAGGUUUGUUUUUGGUUUUUUGUUAGGGUUUUCUUUUUCCUUCUUACAAAGCACAUUCACUUUGAGCCGCUCCCAAUGCUGGACUCUUUUUCCCCCCUUCCUCCCCCCAAGCCCUACACUGUGAAGUGAUACUGCCUUGAAGACCCCUCGAUGUUAUUUAUUUAAUUAAAAAACCUAAUUUGAAAGUGA